UCAAAUGUCACUGUAAAAUAAAAGAAAUAAUUGAAUUUUGAAACGAAAUUUUUAUUUCGAGCUUAAAAUACCAUCUAAUAAUGCCUCUCAUUAUAAUUUGUGGUACACCAGUAAGUGGCAAAACAACCAGGGCUACAGAACUAAAACACUUUUUCGAGGAAGUUCAUAAAAAACACGUAGAAAUCGUAUCUGAAGAUAAUGCCAUUGUGAAGUUAGGUUAUGAAAAAAAUUCAACAUAUGUAGACUCUCAAAAAGAGAAAAGAAUACGAGGUUACUUGAAGUCUGAAGUCAUACGACUUAUUGGCAAAGAUAACGUUGUUGUAUUGGACGGAAGCAACUAUAUUAAAGGUUUCCGCUAUGAGCUAUACUGUGCUUCGAAAGCAUCAAAAUCAACUCAAUGCACUGUUUACACCAUACGUAACCUGCAGGAAGCUUGGAACGACAAUGUGUUGAGGAUACAGGAUAAUGAGGGCAAAUCUAAUGAAAUAUGUGAUUUGAAUAAACAACCAUACACUGAAGAAGUCUUUAAUGCUCUCACAAAACACAGGUUUGAAGAGCCAAACCCCAACAAUAGAUGGGACAGUCCUCUUUUCACAGUUCAACCAACCGAUCAGUUAGACCUAGAUGGAGUGUACAAAGUUCUGUUUGAGAAGAAACCACCGCCACCUAACAUGAGUACUCAGAAUCCACCCCUCAGUUCAACAAACUUUCUAUAUGAAAUAGACAAAGUGACUCAGGCGAUAUCAAAACAAAUUCUAGACUCAAAACAGUUAAAUCUAGACGUAAUAAAGUUCCCUGAAUACCCCGACUGUGUAUUGGAAGUUGGUUUUGUUCAAUCAAUCAACCCGCAGAAGUUGUUGAGACUUAGACGUCAGUUCUUGACAUAUGCAAAGAUGAACCAUUCUAACGAAGAUGCUAAUAAGAUUGGCAGAUAUUAUAUACAGUACUUGAAUAAAACACUAACAGAUUAUUCACUUUGUUUUCUUUUCCUACCAGCAGACUCGUCUUACAGUCUUACCCACUCAUAAUACAAUCUUUCCCAC